UCAACAGUUGAAAAGCACGACAAAGGAGAUUGGACCGGGCAGCGGAUUGCGGGUUGCUUCUCGGUGCUCUUUGCAAAUCCCUCCGGACAGUGACAUAUCGCGUUGAACGAUCUCUCAAAAGCUCGAUCAAAACCCUAACUCUCGCUCUCUCAGAUAAUCUCUCUCUUGCCCUCUCGCAAAUUUCACAUUUUUGGGUUUUGAUCCGUCUCUCUUCGGUGUUUGCCCUAGAAUCUGUUGUCAGGUUCGUUUUCGUUUGUUUAACCGUUCGCUGUUGUCUCAAUGCUGUGUUGGUAGCUGCACGGGCAGUGAGUGGGCUCACUGGCUCCGGUUCCUAUUCUGCAGCGACGAAUUCUUGUCAGUUUUGGCGGAUGGUUUGAAGGCUUUUUGGGCUCUGGCACAGUGGAAUAAUGGGCAGCAGUGAGAUGGAUAAGCCUGCUAAGAAGACAAAGGAGUCAAAGUCACCUGCUGCGCAGGAACAGGCUUCUUCUACACCUACUGGUGCAGCUACUCCAGAUUGGUCUGGUUUUCAGGCAUAUUCACCUAUGGCUCCACAUGGGUUCUUGGCUUCCAGCCCACAAGCUCAUCCCUACAUGUGGGGAGUUCAGCCCAUUAUGCCUCCUUAUGGUACUACACCGCACCCAUAUGUUGCAAUGUAUCCACAUGGUGGCAUAUAUGCUCAUCCAUCGAUUCCACCGGGAUCUUAUCCUUUCAGUCCUUUUGCUAUGCCUUCCCCAAAUGGCAUUGUUGAGGCUUCUGGAAAUACACCAAGCGGGAUGGAAACUGAAGGAAAGUUAUCUGAGGGGAAGGAAAAACUACCCAUCAAGCGAUCUAAGGGAAGUUUGGGCAGUUUAAAUAUGAUUACAGGCAAAACUAAUGAACCUGGUAAAACCUCCAGAGCAUCUGCCAAUGGAGCCUGUUCCAAAAGCGCAGAGAGUGGGAGUGAAGGUUCAAGUGAAGGAAGUGAUGCAAAUUCUCAAAAUGACUCACAAGGACAAGAUUCUUUCGAAGGAUCUCGGAGUGGUGGGGCUAUGCAUGGUUCUCAGAAUGGAGGACCAAAUACACCUGCAACAAUGGUGAGUCAAACACCGGCUAUUGUGCCAAUGUCAGCAGCAGGUGCUCCUGGUCCUACCACUAACUUAAAUAUUGGUAUGGACUACUGGGGUGCUGCAACUUCUUCUGCCCUUCCUGCACUCCGUGGCAAGGCAACUCCUGGUCCAGUUGCAGGGGGAAUGGUCGGUACUGGAUCACGGGAGAGCCUUUGGUUACAGGAUGAAAGAGAGCUCAAAAGACAGAGAAGAAAACAGUCUAACAGAGAAUCUGCUCGUCGAUCUAGGUUGCGUAAGCAGGCAGAAUGUGAUGAGCUGGGUCAACGGGCUGAAGUUUUGAAAGAUGAAAAUGCCAGUCUUAGGUCAGAAUUGAGUCGUAUCCGGAGUGAGUAUGACCAGCUUCUUGAGCAGAAUGCAUCUCUGAAGGCGAGACUCGGGCAGGAAGAUCCCAGAUCCGGUAGGAAUGGUGAUGACAUUGACAAGCAAACUGGAGAAACAGAGGCGCGUAUCCGAAGUGGCGAUCAAUAAAUGAAAGGCCCAGCUCUAGCUUGCUGCUGCAGGAGUGAUAUUUCUAGGAUCAUUCUAACCCACCCAUUAGUAGUAACCAAGUGUUGUUAACUUACUAAUAGUAAAUGUUGCUCAAAUUCAUUAAACUGAGAGAGUCCGAGAAAUAUGGUUGCACUCUUGUUCUCUUUUUAAGAGAGUGCAACUCCGGUUAUUUAUGGUCAUAAUGUGUAUUGAAUAGUAGGGGGGGUGUUCAUGUGAGAGAGGCCUAAUAAACUUGAAAAUGAUGCUGCUGCUGCUGCUGCUGUACCUUGUUGAAUUCUGAGAUCUGGUGUGCAAAAUCAGUGUAUUUAUGGAUCAUUGUAACUCCCACAGUUAUGCAUGCGCCUUGCCAGUGGCUCCUGUUUAAAACCAUUUUGUUUAUUACCCUAA